CUGUUUUAGUCGGCGGUUAACCCUGCACCUGCACUAUUUACUUCUGGCCUAUCCACUUCUCUUACCAUCGUCCUGUAGAAAGACUCUCGCUCACCUAUUCAUAUUUCUACGGCUCCUCGAAGAAGUAAAAUGCCCGAGCUCCACGAGGUUAGUUACUUACGAGAGGCGACCAUCGCCGCUGUCCGCAAGUACUACCGUUUCCUUACUCGGAUGUACCUUAAAGAAUGCUACGUUGCCGAACCGCCUGAAGGGGGCUGGCCCGAAAUCAACGCCGAAACCAUCGGUAUGCUAGGGAAAACAGACGAGGUCAUCUCGCUGCUCCGCCAUCUUCCCUACAUUCACUCCAGCGACGACUCGGCCCAGGGUGCCGGCAAGGCCCUAUUUGCCGAUUGGCGCCGCAUCGCUCGCCUUGUCUCCUGCGGUGAACUAUCCGCCGGGGAUAUAGGCGUCACAACCGAGGAGGAGCUCCCCAAGUGCAUAUAUCCCCACGUUUUCAGCCUCACGGAGGGCGGCUACUAUAACCCGAAAUUCCUGCUCGACACCAAACUCGGUGUGGUAUACUGGUACGAGUGCCACAACGACGUGCUGCAAAAUCCGUCCCGGGAACCGAUCGAGGGCGAGGAGUACGAGGGGUACGAUGGCAUUUGCAUGGACGAGAUUGAUUGGCGCGCCGGCUCCAUGGCUUGGGCCAUCCCGGAUUUCUUUGAACUUCUCAAAGACCUGUUCAAGCAGCUGUUCUAUAUCCCCAUUAGCCCCCGCAAGGUGUACUUUGCCACUACCCAAAGGGUGGCUAUGGUGGCCGACAUAUAUCGGGCGCACGGUUGGCCCGACCUCGAGCGCUACAACAAGCGGAAUUGCAUGAAGGCCGUCCAGGAUUGGAUAGAGGAGCACCAUCCUUCUUUAGCCGACCGCCGCGAGGAAGACGAGUGAUUGAACGAGACUUCUAUCGUCGGGUCUACAACCCUCCGCCCCGGGUCGGUUGAUGGAUCAUAGCCGUAGGAUUGUAGGAGUAUGACGCUAGGCUCCUAGGUACUCGUGCGAAGGGAACUCCUUUGCACAAUGUAUACAUACAUGUGCAUAAUAAGAGAAACUCUGAUGAUGUUGCGUUUUGCCAAAGACUGUUGGUAAAAUCUUUCACCUCUCAUCCGGGCCGC